AUGGCUGUACGCUCUGCUUCAUGGAAGGCCUCUCAGGCUGAAAAGAGGAAAGAAGCGUGCCGUAAGCUUCGUCUUCAACGGGGAUACGACGUAAAUGCGAAUGUCCAGAAAGAUGCCGAAAGAACACGGGGUAGAGCCUCGAUGAAGACCAAAGAGGACUAUAGGAAGAGAGUGCGCAAGUACGAAGAGUUUCUUAUUGAGCAGAGAAAUAUGCCCGACGGAUAUACCAUUAAAGAGGGACAUCCGGCUCCAAGCUUAGAGGAGCUUAAAGCUUUCAUGCGCUGGCUUAUUGAGUCUACAAAAGGCAAGAUUGCCUCAGACGGACGGCCAACUAUGCACACGAUGUUAGUUCGGGCCCAGCAGUUUGUUCCAGGCUUCUUCCUUGAAACUGGGAAUGAGAUACCUCGUUGUGAUCGGCAGGAACUCUACUAUUGGAUCGAACAUGAAUUGGUUGAACAAGGCCUUCUCUCAGCAGUCACAAAGCCAAAGUACAAUUUUAAACUAAGUGAUUUUGAGCGUGCCAUAGUCACUCUCUGGGCUACCGAUGACGCCUUCUUCACACAUGGGAGACACCGUGUUCAAUUCCAUUUUAUAACUCUCCAGUACCUGUGCGCAGGCUCUAGAGUAUCAUCUUUGGCCCCUGCAUCCGAGAACAAAGAUGGGAGGGGACUCCGUUAUAAAAAUAUUGAUCUCGUGUUGUUUCGCGCUGAUGAUGCUCCUUGGAGGGUUGGAUGGCGACUUAAUCAACAGUUUGUCAAGAAUAACAAAGACCCUAAAAAUACAAUGUUCGGAACCGCUAUUUGGGACUGUGACGAGCCCAUUUACGCAGGCGCACUAUAUCUUGUAGCACUGGCUCUUGCUGAUAAUGCCCUCUUCGGGUUUUCAACCCCUGAAGAAUUCUUUGAGCAACGAAUCCCAGAGGGAGAGAACGAAUUGGUCCUCAGAUGGAAUGAUGAAGCUAAAGACCGAUGCAUUGUCAGAGGCGUCACGGCUGAAGGGGUCAGUGAAGAACCGUUAACUAAAGGGACAUAUCAGUUCGAUUUCAAAAGAGUCCUGGCCAAUGCUGGUUAUUUUGUAACUGCUACAGUCCAUGCAAUGCGCCGUGCUAUAGGGGCAGCCGUCGAUGGGAAGUAUACCGCGGCUCAUGUUGCCCAGAUCCUGACACAGAAGUCUACAGCUGUCUAUGGAAAUGACUACCUCGCAAACUGUUCUGGCGUAGAUGUCUUUAACGCACUGAAGGGCAGACUUGCCGACCACACUCACAUCGACUAUUUUCAGGGCUACGGGCAGUUCCACGAACAUGGACUCCCACGUCGUCUGCCCAUCGAAGAGGAACAGACUAUCGAAGCAGAUCCGCGCCUGAUAGCUAAAAUCGCAGAGUCCUCUGAAGCGAUAUCUGACAAUGAGACCAGACGUAUAUCUCGCGAAUGCGCAGUACUGCGGAAAAAGAUCUACUUGGAAAAACUCCAGCGAUAUCAAAGUAAAUGGGUACAAACUCGGCGUGAUUGGAAGGUCCUCACCAGGGGCCGUGAACGUCCGGACCAUGUCGAGCAGGUUGCGAAAAAGCAGGCGCUGUGCAAGAUUAUGCCUGAAUUAGGGCGUUUGGCAGCAGUUAUUUCGUCUAAUGAGCCGCUCUCGUUCAACGAAAAAGCCAGCGUGGUAAGAGACCUUUUCACUCAAUGUACACGCGAUUUUACCGUGACGUAUCGUCCGGGAGAGGAGCCCGUUGAGGGCCGAUGUCCGGUAGCCAGUUGCGGUAAACUGCUGGAGACGAUCAAGAGACCUAGUCGGAGUACGCAUAUCCACAGUUGUGUUAAGGGGGAAUAUGCUCGUAGCAUGGAGAUUCCGCCUCAACAGGUGAAGUAUUGUUGGGAAUGUUACACCUUCCAUAAUGCAGAGACUGCCGCAUUUGAAGAGCAUUGUGCAGGUCAUCUUUCCUCGAUGACCAGCCAACACUACGAGGUAAUGGUGUAUCGCCAUACUACUAUCCGUGCUGGCUACUGCAUUGAGUGCAUGUGGAACAACGGGCUUUCCGCAGCCCACAGGAUGAGAGCCUUUGACCGAAGUACAGAAUUGAGAUCUCACGUGGAUGAACAUAUUGACCUAAAAGCAUGGCCCUCAGAAUGUCCUGACCCCUCCUGUAGCCACCAUGCUACCGGAGAACAGGACUACCGUCGGCACCUUCAUGACGUGCACCACUACCACAAAACCAUCUGUGUGCAAUCCGAGAAGGCACACAAAAAACGAUCGUUCUCUAUACCAGAAGAGGAGUAUACUCGAGGGGAAAGCCAGCUGGUGCAGGCAGAACGCCCGCGCAAGCGUCGCAAGAAUCCUUCUACCUCAUCACCUACCGGUAAAAAGGAACUGAAAAUUGCUUUCUGGGAGCCUCCCACAAUGCCCGCCAAUACGACUUCGACCGUUCUAGCUCUGAAGAAGAACGAGUAUCAGGGUAGACCGCAGGCUUUGGAUUGGCAUACCGGCAACCGCCAAAGCACAAUUGUAUCAGAUGGAAGCCAGAAUAUCUAUAGUGCCCUACCGAUCUCAUCCGACCCCCCCGGUCUCACGGAUGACACCUGUGCCCACUCGAUUCGUUCAACAGAUUCUUCAACCCAUGGGGAAGUUCCUAUCGAUCCACGGCUUCUAGAGACAUCACCUCCGCUUUCAUACCAAGUAGAUGACGCAAGUAAACGGCCCAGUACAUAUGGACCCUGGGAGCGUGUGGAGGAUCAUGUCGGCACUGAGCAGCCGGAGAUUAAUACCGUGCGGCAAGUGACACCUGCCAUCUCUUGUCAGAAAGAAACCUAUGGACAAAGUGUCGCUGCUCCCGAGACAGACAACAUCUCCAUUGAACUUGCACCACCGUCUCCGACUACGCCAAGCAAGAAUCCAGGAUUGAGGUCCUAUGGAACGACCCCAAUAGUGGAAACAGUUCCCACCCUAGAAAGCACCUCCAGCAUGCACGUUGGCGAAAGCAAAAUGGAAGAGGCCGUGAAUCCUACAGGACCGAUAACAAGAGCUAGAGCUCGCAAGCAAGCAGCCAAGGCUCGUCAAAAGUCCACAAAGUCGCAUAAAUCAAGUCAGAAGGUUCUGCCCUACAGCGAGAAAGAAGAUGAUUUCCUCAGAACACUUAUGCGAGAAUUGGCCACUAUCGACGCGGUAACGUUGGCUUUCCAAGAGCGCUUCCCUUACCGGUCUGAGGUUUCGCUUCGGAAACGUUGGUCCAUUAUACGACCAUUAUCACGGCGAUCGACUCGAUCCAGACCACUGGGAAAAUCGCAUAUCUAUUGA